UUUCAGUUCCUCAGUUCCAAACUUCUCUUGCUCUUCCUCUUCCUCUUCCUCGAUUUCCAAACCCUAGCUUUGAUCUUCAUCCUUGUGGCUUCCCAUGAACCCUCUUCAUCGCAUGAUCGGUAGCAUUUUGGGAAGAUCGCCUCUUCGUCUCUGACUAGAAAGAAACCCUUCGGACCGUGGCUUGACUCGCUGGGUGAUUGCCGGCGCUGUCUCCAUCUUCCUUCUCUUCUGCUUACGGCUAUCUUUCUCGCCAUGCCGGAGGAGGAAGCAUGAUAAAGUCCUUCGCUUGCCUCCUUGCACCAUCUCGGAUCUCCGAGUGCUCAAGCAUGACAUCAAGCUGAACAAUGCAAUUCUUGCAGAGGAUAAGCAUUUGUCAAUUUUGAGCAAUAUCACCGGAAAGAAGGAGCUACUUUCUCGCUCUGUGCCUUCCCUUUUGCGAUUUGGAAAUGAAAGAAGCUACCUUGCUUGGCUCUCAGAUUGGAGACAACAAAGGAUCCCGCGCUCUCAGUAUGUCAGAUAAGAAAAAGGAGGCCAAGAAAUCUUCCGACCUUGUCAAUGGGAGAUGCCACUUGGCUCCGCUAGUGUCCACACUCGAUGAACUGAAGAAGCAUAUGAGUCAAAGACAUUGGGAGAUCAUCCGUAUGACUCCAUUUAGCCCAUUAUUGGAUUUACAUCCAAUAGUCCAAGAGAGGGGAUUAUUGGAUGGCAUUCUUCAACUUUUUGAUGAUCCGACCAACACAUUUAAGAUUGGCAAAAGCCAUGUUACGUUCAGGCCUGAGGAUGUUUCACUUAUAUUAGGUCUACCAUGCUAUGGAACUGUGGUGAAGUUCAAGCGGCAAAAGCCUCUGUCUGAAUUUGAGGAGAAGUACUUGAAGACAUCCAAAGACCGACAGAGAGACAACAUUAAGAAGAAGCUGAUGGAAAUUGUCCAUCAUAGAAGUGAAGAGAAUUUUGUAAAAUUGUUGGUGGUGUACAUUAUGGCAUCCUUCCUUUUCCCCCACACCACUUCCUCUGCCCCAAGUUGGGUUGGUCAAUAUGUUGAUCAAUUGUACACAAUGGGCCAGUAUGCAUGGGCGCUGGCUGUCCAUAAAUUUUUAAUGGAUGGUGUCCCCAAGGCAGCGAGGUGUGUCAAAGCCAGGCGAUCAGAUAGGAAGAUUAAUACUGGCUAUCUGCGGGGGUGUGUUAUUGCGCUUAACAUAUGGUUUUAUGAAGUGACUGGCACGGGGAAAAAGGUACAUUAUGGGAAAGUACCUCGAGCUCUUUGCUAUGGAGAGAAGAGCUUCAGAAAGACAGUAUCAGUGGGUGCUCUUCUGGACUCCCUCUCUGGGAGAGAAAUUUCAGAGCUCAUUCCACUUAGCAACGAAGAAAAUGGCAUAUUAGGGACCACAUGGGCGAGUAGAGUUGAUCGGCCCAUGACUGCAGAGAAAGUCAGGAAGAAAGCAAAGGUGGAGAACAUUAACAGCCCCCAACAAACACCUCUCCAUCAUUCUUCAAAUGAUAGCAGUAAAAGGAGCCAGGAAUUUAAUAUCAUGGUUCAUCGCUUGUUGGAAUCCUUGGAGUUGUUGAUGCAGGCUGCUCGUAAUUUACGAACUUGUCCAGAAAAACCAAGAGAAAGCUCCUCUCUCACUUCCUUGCUGGAUGCCAUUGAGUGGCUGGAUACCAUUGAGUCAGUGAAGGAGGAUGUUUAAUGGAUACAAAGUAAAUUGAUACCAAGGAUAUUAUAAGAGUUUGAAUCUGCCAGUUAAAGCUUCAUGUGAAGCUUUGUUUAGUUGUUCCCCAAAAUCAUGGGUUUCGUGAUUUUAUUUGAAAGAUAAUAGUGUAGAAUUCAUUCUCUGUUGAACAUGGCAUCUAAUUGUAUAGUUUUGAUUGCACUUAAAAAUCUCUGGAUUGUCUCUUGAAACUUGCUGGUCAUUAAGCAACAGGAUUAUGGACUGAAGGUUUGCUGACAAUUAAUAUA